AUGGCUAUGAUGCAUUUAAUUUCAAGAAUGAUUGGAAGACAUUAACUAAUCAUACUUUCUUUUUAUUCUUUUGUUUAAAAAUAUUUAUAACCUCAUCAGAAAGAAAUUACAAAAAUUCUAGCUUAUUUAGCUGAAUCUGUUCAUAAAUUAGUUCCUCCUGAAGAACUUUAAAGUGUAGUAAAGCAUAUAAUAGAGAAUUUUGUGAAUGAUAGAUGUUCUGAAUAGGCGAUGACAUGGGGUUUAAAUACUAUAAGAGAAAUGUGUUUAAAGAAUUAUCAUAUAAUAGAUGAUUUUAGUUUGAAUUAUUUAGCUGGAUAUUACAAUUAUAAAAAUAAAUAUGUGAGUAAAUCUGCUAAAUCAAUUAUUAAUUUAUUUAGAUAAAUAAAUCCGAAAUUACUUGAUAAGAAAUUUAGAGGAAGAAUGAAAUAAGAUAGUAGAUUAAAUGAUGAUAAUGACGAAUUGCUUGGAUAUGGAUAAGAAUAUGUACAUGAUAAAAUAGAAGGGGCUGAUUUAAUUGAUGAUGGAGGUGAUGUGCCUAUUUAUAUGGAUAGAGUUAUGACCGAUGAAGAUUUUAGGAAAAUUAAAUUUUUACAAAUGAAAUAAGCUUAAGAAGAAGAUUUUAAAUAAUAAGAAAUUAUUGAAAAAAUGAAACUUAAUGGAUACUAUAACGAUGAAGAUUCUUGGGAAGAAGAUGAAAACGAUGAAGAACAAGAGGAUUACAAAUAAAAUAAAAAAGAUAAAAAAUAAUAAAAAAAGAAUAAUGAUUAUAAUUCAGAAGACUAUAAUGAAGUUUCUGAAAUUUCAGAUGAUUAUCAAGAAGAUGAAGAAGGAGACGAAAUCGAAGAUGAAGAAGAUGAACUUGAAGAAGGAGAUGAGGAUGAAGAUGAGUUUGAGGAUGAACUUGAAGAAGGAAAUGCAGAUGAAGCAGAAGUAGAAGAAUAUAAAAAGUAAGUAUAAUAAAUAUAAAUUGAAGGAAAAAUAUAAAAAAAUGAAUAAAAUAAAUAAAAAAGUGAAGAUGUAAGUAAGAAAUAAAAAUCUAAAACAUUGAAAUUGAAUAAUAAGAAAAGAAAAGAGGACCUUGCUAAAUUUGAAGGAUAUAGUUCUUUUGAUUCAGAAGAAUAUGAAGAAGAAUUCGAAAAUAAUAGAAAUAUUCAUGGAUUUAUAAAUUAAGAUUAUAUUAAUAUAUUUAAAAAGAAAAAAUCAGAGGCU